CCUGUAGAUUUUCCACCCCCGUAUAUUCACGCGUUUCUGCAAUGGAAAAUAACUGGACGUGUGAUGUUAAUUUAAUGUUUUUUGUGAUGCUAAAAGCAUAAAAUUUCUUUUAUAGUUUUAUUAAUGUAUUAAUGUGAUUUAGUUUUCAAGUUUAUGUGAUUUGUGCCUAUAGUUUUAAAAGUUUUAUAGAAAACGUGUUUGUGAAAGGAUAUAUUUGACAUCAUGCAUCAUAACAGAAGGAAGAAAAAGCGUAUUAAUUACGGAGUAAGAGUAGUAGAGAUAGUAAAGGGUUCAAAAGGAUACGGAUUUACAAUAUCAGGUCAACAACCUUGUAUUUUAAGUUGUAUUGUUCCUGGAAGUCCAGCUGAAACUGCUGGAUUACGUGCUGGAGACUAUCUUGUUGCUGUCAAUGGUUACAAUGUUGGUAAAGCACCGCAUGAUGAUGUUGUCAGAUUAAUAGGAAAUUCAAAGGGUAUUUUAAGACUUCAAAUUGCUGAGAACUAUUAUUCAGAUUCUUCUGAUGAAGAAGGACUUGCUACAGCUCGAUCUAAGCCAAAAUAUUCUCAUAAAACUACUCGUAGCAGUAAUGUUAAUGACUCUGUAUCUCAACUCCAGUACACUGUUGAUAAAGUAGUUCAGGAUUUACAGACUGGCGCAAUGUUUAAAUCCAGCUAUGACAAUCAACGAAUUUUACCUCAAAGUAAAAUGCAAUGUAGUCAAAAUGGUAUGUGCCAUCGUUGGAAUAUCACUAAUUCAUUAGCAUUACCACCACCACCUCCACCACCUCAUUCUAAUAAAAGAGAUACCGAAAAAAUUGUUCAUAGAACAGUUGUUGGUUAUCUUGGAACUAUCGAUAUUCCUAAUCAAUUGCAUCCAUCGAUUAUGAUGCAAGUUUUAAAAAAGUGUAUUAAAAGGCUGAAAGCUGAAAAAAGGAAUCCUACGACUGUGUUACUUACAAUUCAUGUUGCCAAUAUUAAAUUAACUAAUUCAGAGAAUAAUAUUAUUGCUGAAUAUCCAUCGCAUAGAAUUAUUUUUUGUAAUUCAUUUUCGGAACAAGAUCAACAAUAUUUCGGAAUUUUAACAAAAUCUGCUAAAGAUGCAUAUAAUAUUGUGUCUAAUUCUUGUCAUGUUUUUACAAUUUAUUAUAAGUUAAUUGAUCAUGCUGUACAUUUAAGUACAUCUAAUAUUUUUGGGUUUAUUUGUACUAAAACUUCUGAACUAAAUGUGUGCCAAGAAUUUCCUGAUAGCUGUAAUAGUCUAAUUGGUGCCAUUCAAACACUUUACAUUUCAAACUCAAAUGAAAACGGAAAUGAUCCAAGUGGUUGUGGGUUUCUAGAAACUCGUAGAAAUUUAGAUACUGUUUCACCACAACCAAGUAAUAUUAGCACGUCUACAGCACAUUCUAGCAAUUCAGAUUCUGGAAUUGGAUUCAAAGAUGAAUAUGGAAGCCAAUCUGAUCGCAAUAUAAAUAUUGACUCGCCUCUAAAGCGAUAUUUUCAUCCAAAUCAUCAUUUAGGAGCUUCAGAACCAUCAUUACUUGGACAAAAUAUUUCAAAUGAGUCUGCAAAAAUGCGUAUAGAAACUCGGAUGAGUUUGGAUCCUUGGACUGAUGACUCUCGUGUUGAAUUUUUAACUGAGAGUUUUGAAAAAACAAAAAAUAAUGAAAAUACAUUAACAGAGGGUGAAACGAUCAGUUGUCAUAACGAAGGGCAAAAUGAAACCCAAUGUAGUGGGGACUCCAACACCUGCCCUAAAACAUCUGCUGUAACAAAACUCAUCGAGCCAGUCGGUACUUGGUUCUUCUCUCAAACUCAUACUAAACGCUCCGAUAUGUCUGAAUUAAUGGAUAGUAUUAAACAAAAUGAUUACGAUAAAAGUGAUAUUGAAAUGUGCAAUAAACUUAGUCCAAAAGUUUUUAAUGUUUCAAAAUCAUUAGUGCAUAGUUUAGAGAACCUUAAGCAAGAUGAUGAACAAUUCUCAGCUUUAUUGAAUUCAUUUGCCGGUAAAAGUAAUGAACAAAGACUUUGGACUAGUUUACAAGAAAUACGAAAUGUUGAUCAAUUUAAAACUGAGACAGGGUUGUAUGACAGCACAGAUUCAUGCGAUAAACUAGAUAGCAACUCUGGAAUUCAUACGUGGGCUUCAGGCUUUGAAAAACUUUUAAAAGAUCCUAAAGGUCUAGAGACAUUUGCUGAAUUCUUGAAGAAAGAGUUUAGCCAUGAGAAUAUUUAUUUCUGGGCAGCUUGUGAACGAUAUAAAAAUACUGAAGAUGUGUCUGACAGACGUGCAUUAGCAUGGAAAAUUUAUCAACGUCAUUUAUCAGCGACUGCUGUGGAGCCAGUUAAUGUUGACAGUCAUGCUACAGGACAAAUUACACAGGAACUUCUUAAUCAUGCUCCUGUUGAUCUAUUUUUACAGGCACAAAAACAGAUUUUUAAUCUCAUGAAAUUCGAUAGUUAUCCACGAUUUUUACGAUCAGAUCUCUAUCGUCAUUGUUUAGAAACAGGAAGUAGCAAUGUUGUGAGUACAGAAGACUGUGAUUUAGCACUAACCAAUUCUCCGAGUGUGAAAUUAAAAAAAAGCCAUUCCGAUGCUGAAGACCGGUGUAGAAAAUCGAUUUUACCAUGGAACAGGAAAAACAGAUCAAAAUCUAAAGAUCGUGGAGAAUCUGAAUAUAAUAAAACACCGAGUCGUAAUGAAAUAAUUUACAAAAGCUUUACAACAAUGAAACGUGAUAAUGAAGGAAAUUCCAAUGAUGACAAUAUUUCUAUUUCAAGCAGUAGAUCAUCAUUAGCAUCUUGGGAUCUAGCAUUAAGGCAAUCAUUCAGUAAACAUUCUGUGGCAUCUUAUGAGGGGCAAUCUGAAAAAAAAGAAGCUCGUUCCAAAUGUACUGGACUGUGUCGUGUGAUAUUACCUGAUGGAUCCACGACUGUUGUUCCUACGAAUCAAUCGGAGUGCAUUAAAGACAUCGUAACUCGUCUGCUUGAUAAGCGAGCAUUAAAAUACUCUAAUUAUGAUGUUCUCAUACUAGCCACGGAUGAGCUGGUCAAUCUGAAAUAUUCUUCAUCAGUGUUAGCUGGACAAGAGGUAGAAGUGGUUCCAGCCAAAGUUUUAAAAGUUGAUUUGCCAUCUCGAAGGAUAUUGACUGUGGUAGCACAUAAAGGUCGUAAACUAAAAGAUGUUUUACGACCUUUAUUGAAUAAAUAUGGAUUUAAGUUGGAACUGAUUACCAUUUGGGGUGAUGGACAUCCAGUAUCAUUGGACAUUCCUGCCAUCAAUGCACCCUCUCGUCUUGUUUUAACCUCUAAUCAUGAAGAUUUUCAAAAAGAUGUCUUCAAAUGUCCUGAUAGUGUUCCUCAAGGGCAAUCAACACUCGAUGAAAUAACAAAUAAAGUAUUUGAAGAACUUCUAGUUGGAAAAAGUAAUAAUAAAUAUCAAAGUGAAGGUUCAUGUAAGUCUGACGAUCAACGCUCCGAAGGAUCAUCAAUUUUAUCAAAUAAGUUUUUCCUACGUGAUUCAACAGUCCUAGGAAAGAAGAGAUCUAAAAAUAAGGGCAGUAAUAUGAGUGAUAAAAGUACCUCUGAUUGUACUGGAGAAGAAAGUUCACAUUCAAGUCGACCACAUGCACCUUUAAUUGCGAAAUGGAGGAAUGGAGUCAAACUUCAGUUGCCUGGUAAACUCGAUAGUGAUGAAUUAUUGGAAGGAAUAAAAAGAGCUCAAAGAUCCAGACUUGAAGACCAAAGAGGAACGGAAAUUAAUUUCGAGCUUCCAGAUUUUUUGAAGAAUAAAGAAAACAAUAAACAUACGGAGGAAAAAAAAAUAAGAAGGGCACGUUUAACGGUAUCAGCAAAUUGCGAUAGCACAUCUAAGUUUUACGAUGCAUCAAUGUCAUUAAAUGACGAUAAGAAAAAACAAAACUAUACAACUCAUACUGCCAAAUUUGAAGAGAGUAAAUGCAAUAAUAACAUUGAAGAGUUAGACAAAAAUAUCAACGCAGCAGAUGUUAAUAAAAAUUCGGAGUGUUCGGGUAGUCUUGAUGUCACCCUUGAAGAUGGAGAUAAAACAAUUAUCGAAAAUGGUAACAUAUCGCCCUCAAAGAGUUUGGAAUCAUCGCCAUCUCAUUCAUCGUCUUCAACCAGUCUUUCGCCUACAAAAUUAUUAAAGCCUCCACCUCUUCCGCCUAAACCUAAAGGGUUGCUAUCAAAUGCUUUGAAACCCAGCCAAGUUCUUUCCACAAAACCAAUUUUGAGAUCCACACAAUUAACUACUGAAUCUCGUACAAAUAAUAAUAUUUUCUAGUUAUAUAAUUCCUCAUAUUUUUUUAUACUUUUACUAAUUGAUUUGAAAUAUGCUCUUCCAAUGUCUUCCUCUGAGAAUAAACAGACGCCCAAAUAAGGCUGGUCUAUAUCAUAAUUAAUAAAAUGGUAACUAAAUCAAAUACGGAGCUUAACAUGAGAGAAAAAUUUAUAUAAAAAUAGUUAGAAAAUUAAUUUUCUAAACGUAAACGGAUAGUUGUCUGAAAUCGAGAAAUAUUUAUAUAUAUUUAUAAAAUACAAAAUAAUUUUGUCUUGCCUAUUUAAAGCUGUCAAUUAAUAUAAAAUUAUUUUUAUAUAAUUAGUAAAAGACUAUUUUACUAGAAACUUCUUUUUAACAAAUUUUCUACAUA